GUCCCGCGCCGGGCGCCGCAUGCUGCACCCCGCCAAGCACCCCCGCUGCAGCCCCAUGGCCCCGCCACGCAUCGGCACGCACAAUGGCACCUUCCACUGCGACGAGGCGCUGGCGUGCGCGCUGCUCCGCCUGCUGCCCGAGUACCAGGAGGCCGAAAUCGUGCGGACGCGGGACCCUGAGCAGCUGGCCGCGUGUGACGUCGUGGUGGACGUGGGCGGCGAGUACGACCCUCGGAGACACCGAUACGAUCACCACCAGAGGUCUUUCACAGAGAGCAUGAGCUCGCUGUGCCCCGGGAAGCCAUGGCAGACCAAGCUGAGCAGCGCGGGACUCGUCUAUCUGCACUUCGGCCACAAGCUGCUGGCCCAGCUGCUGGGCGCUGAUGAAGAGGACAGCGUGGUGGGAGUCCUCUAUGACAAGAUGUAUGAGAACUUCGUGGAAGAGGUGGACGCGGUGGACAAUGGGAUCUUGCAGUGGGAGGGGGAGCCUCGCUAUGCGCUCACCACGAACCUGAGUGCCAGGGUGGCUCGACUUAAUCCCACCUGGAACCAACCCAACCAAGACACUGAGGCAGGCUUCCAGCGUGCAAUGGAGCUGGUUCAGGAGGAGUUUCUUCAGCGACUGGACUUCUACCAGCACAGCUGGCUGCCUGCCCGGGCCCUGGUGGAAGAGGCGCUGGCACAGCGCUUCCAGGUGGACCCCAGUGGGGAGAUAGUGGAACUGGCCAAAGGUGGUUGUCCCUGGAAGGAGCAUCUGUAUCAGCUGGAGUCAGAGCUGUGCCCACCAGGAGCCAUUGCCUUUGUUAUCUACACUGACCAGGCUGGGCAGUGGCGGGUUCAGUGUGUGCCCAAGGAGCUCCACUCGUUCCAAAGCCGGUUGCCCCUGCCAGAGCCAUGGCGGGGUCUUCGGGACGAAGCCCUGGACCAGGUCAGUGGGAUCCCUGGCUGCGUCUUUGUGCAUGCCAGUGGCUUCAUUGGCGGGCACCGCACCCGAGAGGGUGCCCUGAGCAUGGCUCGUGCCACCCUGGCCCAGCGCCCAGCACCUGUGCCUCCCCCAGAAACCCCAGUCAAAUAAAGCCUGCCUUUUC